CAUUGUGCGAACGCAGCGAAAUGAGGAACAUAAGCUCGUGUUAGGAGAACACACACACUAAAUAGGCAUUUGUCACAUUUUUGUGGUAAAAAUCCACAGUUAUAGAAGAAGAUACAAACUGCAGGCGCAACAUACUGAAAGAUUGAUUGCUUUUGUUCUGUUGGUAAGACUCAUUUGACUCCUCUCGAUUCCUCUGAAGAUGGAUGGAGAGCGCAGUAGGAAUAAAGAGCGUCUCGAGGCCAGUUUGGCAUGGCUGUGUGAGCUGGAAAUGUUAAAGCAGCGGCAGGAGAGUCUAGUCCUGGGCGCCUUGUCGCUCGGGGAUACAGUGCCUGGAUGCAUGGCGUGGGGUGAUGUCUGUCCGGCCCGCAGCAGCAGAGAGCACGAGCAGCUGACUCUAAGACGACAGCUGAAACGGCUCCAGGGCGCCCCCAGUCUGCUAAUGCUGGCACUGCAACAGCAGCUCAGCGAGUUAAGGGUAGAUAGAGGACUCACAUGUGAGCAGAAUACAGAGGAGGAUUUGGACAGUCCCAGUACAUCCAGCUCAGGGCUUUAUGACCAAAGUGAUAGUCUGUCUCCUCCACUGCGUACCUGUUUGACACCAAACCUUGCUGUCUCCUGUAACAGGCCCAGAUCAAUGGAUGACUACAUGCUAGACUGGGAGGCUCAUAUGGAGCCCCCAGUACAUACCAACCUUCCCCGCUCAUUUUCUGUCCCAUACCCCCCUCUAGAGGGAAUUGCUGAGGGAAUAGAGGAGGAAGAGGAGGACGAAGAAAGCCCUCAGUGGACUACAGAUCAGAUGGUGGAAGAAGGGCAAAUGGCUGAAGGUAAUGAAAGCCUUACGCUUGAGAUUAGCCUCACUACUGAUGCUGAGGCAGACCCUACAGAAAAGAUAGAUGACGGCCCAACAGCAGAAGACAUCCAGCAGGCCAUGCGUGUGGAGGCAUAUAUCCUGGGUCUCCUGCAGCGUCGACACCUCAGAUCUACACCAGAACAGGACUCUGAUCCCAAUCGGUGGCAGCACUUACACACAUACCAAACCAGUUACCCUAACUGUCCAGACCUUCCACUUGAUCAGCCAGAAUGGCUGAAUUGGGCAGCUCAUUCAGAGGAAGAGGGAUAUUUCAGAAAUCUUCCUAAUGUCCAAAUUGGACCAACUUACAUGAGCAGCGAGCAGCAAGAAUCCUCCUUAGAAAUGGAUCAAUAUGGAGUUGCAGAAGUCUCCACCAGCAAUGAUGAGAUUGACUCACCUUGGCAACAACGUGGUUACCUUGAACACAACCCCACAAUGUUAAACACCACAAAGCCACAUUAUAUUCACACUUGCUGCAAUCAUACCUGCACAUCUAUGUCAGCAACUCCAGAGUCUCGUGAGCAACACCAGCCCCUCGCUUCUCAAGAGUGGACUCUUCUUCAGUCCCUAGUCAGAAGGGGUUCUGAAGAUAGGUGGACAUCCACAGGACACAAACACGCCAGGACAACCAGCCGCUCUAGGUCAGAGGACAGUGGCCUCUCUCAAGGAUGGGCCGCCCAACCUGAGCACAAAUACUUUACAGUGGGGCGGGACAUGGGCAGUCACCGUAGUGACGAAUUUAACCCAUCCAGUCAGCGCCUCUGGUGCUCCUCAGCAGAUCUCAGUCAAGAGGAGGAUGAGGGAAUAUCCAGAGAGGAGGCUCGUGAGCUCAGACACAACCAUUUACCUGUUCACAGCCUCAAACACACCUGUGUUCAGUUCAGGGAGAAGGACCAGAGGGUUGGGAAGGAGUUGGAGGCAGGUAUUGCACCAACUAAUGGUUCAGACUCCAGUCUGAGCGAGACUUUCUCCCCAGGGACGAGUUCGGUGUCUAGUGACUCAGAUGAGAGUGGAGGGCUGGUCUGGCCACAGCAGUUGCCCCCUCGUUUGCCUCCUCCCUCCUCCUCACAGAACCCCUCCAAUGCUGUGGUCAAGAUUAAAGCCUCACAUGCGCUCAAAAAGAAGAUAAUGCGUUUUCGCUCAGGCUCUCUCAAACUGAUGACCACUGUCUGAGUCUGGCCACCCCAUAUAUUUAAGGUUUAAGAAAAUCUCUGCCCUUUUCUUGGCACAUGCUGGCAUUUUUUGAAUUAAAUUUUUACAGAUUUGUGAGAGUGCUCGAUCUUAUUUGAAGAAGUUCAACUAAAGUUCUGUACCACCAUUAAUCAAAAACUUUGGGGUUAGCACUUUGGGGUUAAUGUUCACUUCAUUAAUUUACAUUGUUAUGAUUUCCUGCCCAACCUCAAUUCUGUUAUGAUUAUGUUCAUAGUCACGUACACUCUGUUUUAGGAGUGAAAAGCAUAUAAAAUGGUGGACAGUGAUAACCACAGUAACGUAAACAAGAAGCAUGCAUGCAAGUAUUCGGAGACAAAUUACCAUCUGACAGAUUUUUUCAAUAGAGGUGCAGCUUUUUGUUUAUGCUAGUUAACAAACUGAAGCUUUUAAUCAGUGUGCUCUAUGUAAUGUAUGGGUUACCCCUGCACACAGGGAUAGUGAGAGAAUCUACAUUGGAGAGAGACAGACUGGAGUCUGGUCACAUUUACCUUUGUUCAGCAAAAUUCAUUGGGCGAAAAACAGUACAGUCAUUUCAAUGGGAAUCCGUAAAAAUCCGAAAUUUUGCCUGAUGGACUUCCGAUGACUAAGAAUUUCCUUAUGCCAUCCCAGAUGAGUAUGACUUUCUUUCAUCUGUUGAACUGAAAUGAAGAUUUUUAGUAGGGAUGUGCACGGUUACUGUUUUUAACAUUCAGUUAACCGCAAGCUUUCAUGAACGGUUAAUUGUUUUUUCAUCGGGACGCAGGAAUAAAGGGGGGAGGGGGGUGUUGUCGCUGUCCUUUUCUGCAUAUUGCGGACCCCUUCAGCAUACCGCCGUGCCAUUUUGCGGCCCUCUUCAGCCAGUCGCGACCCGUUCGGCAUAACACGGCAUCCCGUUUCAGCUUAUCACCGCCCUUUUGGUUCCGUUUCGCGGGAAUGUCCCAGUUCUCCCACAAUCUCUUUCUUUUGCUUUACUUAUUAUCAGCAAAACUAUUUUUUUAAAUUAUUUUAUAUAUAUAUAUAUAAUUUACUGACUACUCAGAACUAAUGCCUGAAUCAAGCCAUUUUAACACUACCCUGCUGCUGAUGCUGUCACAUGUUGUCCACAGAUUAAUGCAGAAUGGGAAGUGACUUCCACAGACAUAUAGAUGAACAUUAUUUAAAUCUUUUUACCUUGUUUAUAUCUUUUAACAUGCAAAAAGUAAUUAUUAGGGGCCCUUGCCGAGCUAAUUAAAACAUAAAAGUUGUCACCUGGAUUUAAAUCUCAUUAGGGAAGCAUUUUAAAGAGGGUAAUUUACACAGAUCAUCUCCCAGACAUUAUAUGACAGGAUUGCUAGGGUCAUGAAGGCAUGCUUAUUUGUACUAUGUACCACUUUGCCUGCUAUGCCCCAGGUGAUUUUUCUAGUUUGCACAGCACAUGGGUUGCCCAUUCAUUUUUGAAUUACACAAGACUGAAGUCAGCUUGAUACAUUCAUAUUUUGUAGCAUGUUUGUUAAAAUAAAUUUGUAGAGUACCUACUACAUGUAUAGUUAUUUAUACUUUGACUAUAAUAUGUUAUGGCAUGUAGCUUCCUCAUUAGCACCACCUAGUGCACUGAGGACUGAAAUAUUUGAUUUUCUUGCUGUUGUAUAGCACAUGUAUGGCAUUGGUAAGGGAGUUUUACCUGAGCCAUUCAUGGGCAACGGACACACCUGUAAAUAUAUUUUAGUGUGGUGUGUAUCUUAUGAAUUGCCUUGCCUGCACAUAAUAUUUCACCACCUUUGAUCUCACUGCUACAGUGUAUUUUAGAGAUUGCUAUGUUGUAAUCUUUAAAAAUGUUUCUGUUCAUUGCAUGUUCUUAUAA